CAAGAAACUAGAGAAAAAAGAUAAGAGAGUCUAUUAUUAUUGUUAUUACUAGUUGUUCUCAAAUUAUUAAGGAUAAUGCCAACGGUGCACGAGUUCCGAGGCGCCUGCACCUUGGUGGCCGCGCUCCUCCUCCUCCUGGGUUUCGCGGCGGCCAGGGAGACGCCCAUGGAGCUCUCACGUGCAGAGCUCGUGCGCCUGGCUGGCUAUGGGGAGGAGAGGCUCUCCUCCGUGCUGGUCACCGGAGCCAUUCUCUGCGACGCCUGUUUGCAAGCCGGGUCUCACCUCCUCUCCUCCCACGUCUCUGAUGCUAAGGUUGCCGUCGCAUGCAAAACCGAAGGUCGAAGGAGGAAAGCUUAUUGGGUGUAUGGAAUGACAGAUGAUUAUGGAGAAUUCAUCAUUGACCUCCCUUCCCAUCUCCAUGCAAUCCCACUAGAAGAGGAUUGCAUUGUUAGGGUCCUAAGAAUGCCCAAGAACUCAUAUUGUCAGCAAAUUUCAGGCAUGAACUGGAAAGCUAUAAAGCUCUCUUCAGUUGGAAAUAGCAUCCGCGUGUAUACUGCGGGAGUCGUACGGUUGAGCUACAGAACUAAACCUUCUCAUGCGUGCUUGAAGAAGAGAGACAAUGACAUGGAAAGCGUUUGGUGAAGGAUGGUGACAAUUUAUAGCAACCAUUUCAAAUGAGUUGAGAAAUUUUAUAUACUGCCUUAUGUGGAUAUGUUCAUCCUUCUGAGAUUUCACCAUGUAUAUUUACCGUUCAAAAGUAUAGUAUGUUAUCACAAACAAAAAUAAUAUCUUGUGGACUAUAUAGUA